UUUUCGUGUACUGUAGUUUUUACGUUCGCGAUCGCGAUCGCGAGUUGAACUGAGUGAGAGUGAAUCUGUGAUCCCACUGCCGGAAUUGGAAUUGGAAGGUAGAACUGUUUGUGUAGCUGUCAGACAGAAAGGGCCGUUUCGAAGCAGAUAUUUUACUGACUGAGGAUAAGUUAGAAUUUUGUCAGAAAUGGCGAUCCUGCACGCAUCUGAACCCUACUACAGGUUUGUGGUCCUCUUUUUCAACUGCAUGCUGACCUUUGGGACGUACUUCUGUUUUGACAUGCCCAGUGUGUUGCAGGGGGUCUUCCAAGGGAACAUUACAUGUGUGAAUGCGUCUCAACACUCAAACGAAUCAGACUGUGAGGAGGGGUUGGGGAUGUCCUACGUACAAUACAACCUCCUCUAUGCCAUCUACGCUUGGACGAAUGCUGUGGUUGUGAUUGGUGCCGGAUUCCUGAUUGAUAAACUUGGAAAUCCUGUCGGUCUGUUCAUAUUCUCUAGUCUGUGCCUGUCGGGGUCCUGUAUCUUUGCCCUGGGUGCCAGCCUCAAGGGAACGCCGGCCAUGUUUCCCGUGAUGCUCUUUGGGCGUCUCCUCUUUGGGUCUGGCAAUGGGUCUCUUACGAUUGUCCAGAAUAGAAUUACCGCCUUCUGGUUCAAGAACAAAGAAUUAGCUUUUGCUUUUGGUAUAACGCUGACAUUCUCAAGACUGGGUAGCGUGCUGAAUUUCUUCUUCACCAAGGAGUUUGAGGACGCCAUGGGGUUGAUGUGGACCCUCUGGGGUGGGGCGAUCCUGUGCCUGACGGGCUUCCUCGCUGCCAUAGUAACAAGUAUAAUGGAUACCUCAGGAGUUAAGCAACUUGGAAUGGAAGACGAGGUGAAAGAAAACUCUAAGAAAGUGAGACCGAGAGAUAUUUUAGAAUUCACUCUACCGUAUUGGCUGUUGGCUCUUUCCAUCAUGUUCUUCUACAACGGUGUAUUCCCAUUUGUAGCUGAUGCAAGUGAUUUCAUACAGCAGAAGUACGGUUAUUCAUCUAAAUCUCCUGUCCCUGCCUACCUAGCCGGUGCCGUCUAUGACGCGUCUCUCGUCCUCUCUCCUUUUCUGGGUGUCCUCAUAGAUCAGUUUGGAAUGAGAGGGAUACUUGCUCUAACAUGUGCCAUAGCGACCCUGCCUGUCUUUGGUCUCUUGGCCUUCACCACAGUGUUUCCUCUGGUCUCUACCCUAUGGUUGGGGGUCACGUACUCAUUCGCUGCGGCAAGUCUAUGGCCCUCCAUACCUCUGGUGGUUUCUCAGUCUACCGUCGGCACGGCGAUGGGCAUCACAACAUCCAUCCAAAUGGUUGGCAUCGGUAUAUCCAACGUCGUCAUCGGUGCGAUCCUCGGCGACGCAAAUAAACAAACCACUGAAGAGACGUUGCAUAAAUGGACCCUUACAAUGAUCUACCUUUUUGCCAAUAUUGGUGCCUGUGUCGUCACAACUAUACUUCUAAAUAUUGCAGAUUCAAGGAGGGGGCGUGUCCUGAAUCAGAGCAAAAAUCAGCGUCUAGCCGUGGCUCAUCAAAGACUGCAGGAGGAGAUAGAUGAUGGGAACGAACCGAUCACAGACUACGUGGAUUCCUUUGAGCCUGACCCACUUCUGAUUCCUCCUAGAGGCACCAUUAAUAGGAAGAUAUGAAGCUACGUUAGAGGUGGAUGAUGGGUUAUGUUGGGGUCAAGUCUUGGUGUGCGUUCAUAGGCUUUUUUGUAAAGAAAGAAUCUGGAACUGAAAUACUCACUGAAAAUGCCGUUUGGAAACACUCUUUCACUUCUGAACGCAGGCUUAAGCCUUUAUGUUUAGUUCCAAAUUCUGUUGUUGUUUUAAGUUGGCUGGAUCAUGGCCUUUUGUGCUAAAUAUCAAACAAAAAUCUUUUGAGGGUCUUAAUGUUUGUCUACAAUUAAAAUAU